UUCUUCCUCGGGAUGAGAUUAACUAGACAGAUAAAGCCAAUACUACAACAAGUAGAUGUUUGAAUUAGACAGGGGGAAAGUUUCGCCUUCUAGACAGUUUUAUCCGUUACCUUAACGUUUGUCUCUUGUUUACCGUGUGCUAUUACCGAGGAACUCUCGGCUGUCAAUUGAAGUGGAUUAUUUUGCUCGGAGCGGAUUGCAGCCAUGAUGGCGUCAAGCUACAACGCUAAGGAAGAAGACGGACACCACUCGGGCGCUUCGAGUCACGGCGGAGCAGGGGCUGCGAAAAGUAAAAAGCCGGACAACACGGCGUUCAAACAGCAGAGAUUACCAGCCUGGCAGCCCAUCCUGACAGCAGGCACCGUACUGCCAGCCUUCUUCGUUAUCGGUCUCAUCUUCAUCCCCAUCGGCAUCGGCCUGUAUGUCACAUCAAACAACAUCAAAGAGUUCGAGAUUGAUUACACUGGUGUGGACAUAAACAGUCCAUGCUACAGCUGUGCCAAGAACUUCAGCUGGAACAACACAGCACCAUGUCUCUGCUCUGUAGAAUUCACAUUGGAGCAGCCAUUUGAGAGCAAUGUCUUUAUGUACUACGGCUUAUCCAACUUCUAUCAGAACCACAGACGCUAUGUGAAGUCCAGGGAUGACAGCCAGUUGAAUGGUGACCGGUCUGCUUUGACGACUCCCAGCAAGGAAUGUGAGCCAUACCGUAUGAGUGAUGGACAUCCCAUUGCUCCAUGUGGGGCCAUAGCUAACAGCCUUUUCAAUGACACUCUGGAGCUGUAUCAUAUUGAUAUCAAUGGCACCAGAAAUACAAUUCCUCUGGUGAAGAAGGGCAUUGCGUGGUGGACAGACAAGCAUGUGAAAUUCAGGAAUCCUGGUGCAAACAACAACCUUUCUGUAGCUUUCCAAGGCACAUCUAAGCCAGUGAACUGGAGGAGGCCAGUGUAUGAGCUGGACCCAUCAGAUCCUGACAACAACGGCUUCAUCAAUGAGGACUUCAUUGUGUGGAUGCGCACUGCUGCCUUGCCCACCUUUCGCAAGCUCUACCGCAUCAUCCAGAAGAAGUCUAACACGACCCCCACUUUACCCAGUGGCAGAUACGUCUUGAACAUUGCUUACAAUUACCCUGUGCUCAGCUUUGAUGGUCGCAAGCGAAUGAUCCUGAGCACCAUUUCCUGGAUGGGAGGAAAGAACCCUUUCCUGGGCAUCGCCUACAUCACUGUGGGCUCCAUCUGCUUCUUCCUGGGUGUUGUUCUGCUCAUCAUCCACCAUAAAUAUGACACUCGCAACAACAGUGCAGAUAUUCCAAACUAAUCAGUUCUUGUAUCACAUUUUCCCGUCUCUGCAUGCAUGGAUGACCCUACAGGGUCCGUUCGGGACUGCUUGUUGACUUUAGUGUGAAUUCACUGGUCUCUGUAAUUGUCUGUGUGUUUGUGGAAGGACAGCAGCGUCUGUAACUCUCUCAUAAAAAGCUGUAUUUAUGUUUAGGACAUUUUAAGGUAAAAAGAAAGAUGCUAGAGUCUGUAUCUCUGUGCAUAAAGCUUCAAGUCGGCUGCUGAGAUUGUCAUUGCCUGUCUUCAUUUUUUUUUUAAAUCUUCUAUUUAUCAAUACAUAAUCAAACUGUAUGUGUUUCAGUUUAGCAGUGCUUUGCAAAUGGCUUAAUUAUUGAAGGAUGUAUGUAUUUUUAAAGUUUUUGUCCGUACUAUGUACUGUAAUAUGUCCUGCUGAUGAAUGUAUCAUUAUACUUCACUGACAUACCUCUGUGGUUUUUGAGAUGACCUUGAAUAUAGGAUGGGAUAAUUGUUGCUCGCGUGCUGGUAAUUAUGAUAAGCAUUGAUGUUUAACAAGAAGUAUUUUACCCUUGGAGAAUCAUAGAGCCUUCAUGACAAAUAGUACCAAAAGUGUGUUUAUCUACCCUCCGCUGUGACUGGUUGUAUGAAGAGACUGAGGCAGUCAUAAGGUAUUGUUUUUAAAUUAUUGAAAACACUGUUACGAUCCAAAAGUUUUUAAUGAUGGAAACAUGCUCCUAUACCACUCUAUCCAGUGUUCUUAUUUCUGAGACUCUGGGAAGUCGCUCUGGCUGAUUAGAGCAUAAAAAUAUUUAAGUUUUUACAGUUUGGCCUUAGUUAAAUUAUCUUGCGUUCUUUUAUGUUAACCAAAUGAUACGCACUUUAAAAGUGUCCCAUUUGUUAGAUUUUCUCUCGUUUCACCUCGUCUUCAGUCAUAAUAUUACGUUCUUGAUUAGUUAUUAAUUGGUAAAAUUUAAAUUUAUGGGUUUUUAUAAGGUUUGUAGGGUCCAAUUAAACAACUUGGUCAAUG